AUUAUCGUAAAGAUAAAUUACAACUAGCAAAUAAGUAUUAACACAUUGUAUUCUGUGAAUUCAAAAUCGACAUUUUUUCACAAUUCUUUUAAUAUCGAGUCGAGUGUGAUGAACCAUAACAAGUUCAAUAAAAGAAAAAAAUGGAAGUGACUAAUUUCAAUUUUCUCAACAUUGUUCAAACUGUCUCAAUUUUCAAUUAUUUAGAAACAUUGAGCGAUAUUUUGUUUCGGGAAAGUUAUUUGAAGGCUGAAGACAAACUAAAACCAAUACCAAUUGUUAAUGCAGUGUUUGAUUAUUUAUCAGUUGAAACUAAUCAAAUUACAAAUGAUCUUUAUUCGGACAAGAGAAUAUAUUUGAUUAGAGAAAUAAUUAGAGGCAGUGAUUUGUACGGAGGCGAAGAUCAUGAGAUAAUAGAUGAGAAUUUUGUUCGAGUAUUUUUUAACGAGAUAAUAGUUGCCCUUGUUUUUCACGGAAAAUUCACAAAUAUUUAUGGAUUUCUAGCUGAAAUUAUUCGCAAAUCGAAUGAAACGACAGUUGAUGGUUUAUGCCAAACAAUUCAAUUGACACUUUUGGAUGCAAAUUUUCCCGAUGGUAAUCUGGAAGCUUCUUACUCAAAACUAACAUCUUUGUCAAUUUUUCACAUUCUUCGGGAUAUCAUUUUUCCAUUGUUUCCAAAACGUGAUAGUAAAAUGGAUAUACUUUCGGUUGAUUAUAUUUAUGCUCAAGCUGGUUUGACGUUUCUUCGUUCUGUUGGAAUUUCAUCUCUCACUAAACUGUCGAGUGUCGAAACUGAUGAUGGUAACAAAAAGAACAGCAAGAAUCAUAACAAUAGCAAUGACAAUAACAAUGAUAAAGAUAAUGCUAAUGAUGAUAAUGAUGCUAAUGAUGCUAAUGAUGAUAAUGCUGAUGAUGCUAAUGAUGAUAAUGAUGCUAAUGAUGCUAAUGCUGAUAAUGCUGAUGAUGAUAAUGAUGCUAAUGAUGCUAAUGCUAAUAAUGCUGAUGAUGAUAAUGAUGAUUCAACAGGUGUUUCCGAUGACGAAUUCAACCAGUACAUUGCGAUAGGUCAGGCACUCGAGAUAUUAGGAGCAUCAGAAAAAAUUAACAAAUCAGCCCUCACUGUUUUUGCACUUCCAGCUCUUCUGAAUUACGUCUUCAAAGAGAAAGAGAAAAUAAAAUCACUAACUACAGACAAUAUAGUGAAUAAUUCGACCCUUGGAAUGAAAGCCUACGAAAUGCUCUUUACCUACCUGAAUAAAACCUUCACCGAAGUGGAAGAGGCCAGGAAUGAUGACUAUCGAUACCAGUUUUAUUUGGGACUGUCGAAUUUUAAGAAUCGAACAACAUUGGCUAGGGAGAUGAUUAGAAGUGAAUGCCCAAUGGUAGAGGAAGAGAAUCUGGAGCAAGAGGUCCUGAGGUACAAGAAUAACCCCAAAGAUUACGAGUGUAGGACCCAAGAGUCGAUGGGGAAGAAAUUAGAGGAUUUGAACCAUAUUUACCAGCAGGAGGUUAACAAGAUUUCGGAGAAAUAUCUGAAAUAUGAGAGGGAAUCGAUUAGGGAUGCUUUUGGUCCUGAACUUAUUGGAAAGUUAGACGCUGACAACGUCGAAAUAACUAGAGGAUUAAUUGUGAAUAAUUACUUUGGAACCAUGGGUCUUUCAACUAGUGAAUCUCAAAUGGUGAGGGAUGCGGAUGAUUUGUUUAGAUUCUACUUUCCUGGGGAUGAAACGACUGUCUACUAUGCUCUUGUUAGGAGAGACAACGAUUUGUUUUUGGUUCAAGAAAGUGAUGGUGUUGUUGGUUGUGAAGAAUCGACUGGUUCUGUUGGUACCCCUAAUGGGAGGAAUUCAAAUAGUGUUUCGACAAUUGCUAAUAAUUGUAGUGGUGCGUCUCUUGAAAAUGCUGCACCAAAUGAUCCUCUUACAUCUCUUAAUAAAGCUGUAGGAAGUUGUGAAAUAUUCCCUAAAAAUACUGCACUAAAUGAUCCUCUUACAUCUCCCAAUAAUGCUGCAUCAAAUGGUACUCUAACAUCUCCUAAUGAUACUGCAUCAAGUGAUUCUCUUAUAUCUUCUAAUAAUGCUACAGCAACUUGUGCUACAUCUUCUAAUAAUGCUGCACCAAAUGAUCCUCUUACAUCUCCCAAUAAUUCUGCAUCAAAUGGUGCUCUAACAUCUCCCAAUAAUUCUGCAUCAAAUGGUACCCUAACAUCUCCUAAUAAUUCUGCAUCAGAUGUUCCUGCUUCUACAACUCCAAACAUUUCCCCAACAGAAUCCACUCUAAUCAAAUGCAAUCCAGACUCAUUUCGAGAAAAAUUAGACCUCUCACGCUUUCAAAAUUUCCAGGAGCAUUACUUCCGCGAUGUAAUAAAGAGCAAAGGAGAGAAUUUCGAAACAUUGAUAAACAAAAUAGCGGUGGAAAGAACCAAAAACUUCAACCACAGUCUUUUGGAAAAAGGCUACGAUCAAACAUCAAGGGAAUGGUGGACGGAAUUCGGACUCUCUCUAAUUCCCUUUCACACCUGCAUUAAUGAAUUCAAAACCGAAAAUUUCAAAUCAGCGGAAUUAACCUGCUCCCUCGAUACAUUAUUUAUGCUUCCCUUCUUAGGCGAAGUUGGCAUCUUCAUUCAGAAAUUCGCAAAAAUAGCCAGCAGAUCGACUCUAUUUGCUGCGGAAAAAACACUUGUGUCAUUAGGCCUAAGAAGUGCAAUACGACAAACUUUGCUAACCGAAUCUGUCGGUUUUUCACAAUUGUUCACUGAGGAAACAUUCAAAACACUAGGUCUGUCUUUUCUCCGCUCUGUAGAUCCGGGAUUCGAACUUAUUUUCACAAUCGGAAAAAAAGGGUUGGGAACAAUCGGCACUUUGAUCAAAGCUCUUAGGUAUUCCAAAAACUUCAAAAUCCUCAAAGAAAUGCUAGUCGAGUGCGAACGAAUCCUAACGAACUCGGUACGGAAAAUUGACACAAUUGACAAUGAGGAUGUCUACGUAAAAACAAUGUCAACCAAGGGGAACAGUGGUUACGGUUAUAAGUUCAUCUAUUUGCCCCCCAACCAUCAACUUGUCGAAUUAAGAAAAGUUCACGAAUACAAAAACGAAAUUCCCGUCGUUUUCGAUAGCGAGGGGAAAAAUUUCCAAGCCAUCAACAUUUUCACAGGAAAAAUAAAAAAGAAACACCUACACCUAAAAUACGAACGUAUAGAAGAACUCCGUUGGGAAGAGAAUCAAAAUUCCAAUUUCCACUGUAAAUUCUCCGGCAGAAGGAAACGAUCCCCAAGAAAAUGUACAAGAACUGAAUUGUUGGCCGAUAAACGUCAACAUGAAACAAAUGCAAUAAAACUAGCACUCUCGGCAAAUCUCAUCAAGGAACAUGUAGUAGCCGAACUAUCAAAAUAUUCCCUUGUGGAUGAAAAAACUCCAGAGCUGUUCGUAACCGAAUGGAUCAAAACCGGAGAACCACCGAAUUGGGCAAAUGAAUACAAAAUAGCAGAAAUCGAAAUAUUCCACGAACUGAAAUUCAACGAGAGAAUUGACUCCAAAAUAACAGAGGACGAAGCGCAAAAAAAAAUUCACUUACUAAAUACCCUCAGUGACAGUGAUUCAAACAAACUUUUAACAGCCGAACAUUUGACUGAAGAUUUUAACGAUAGGCACAUAAACAGACAAAUGAAAUUCGAAGAUUUUUACGCUCUCCGCGACUACGCUGGCAGUGGUUAUAGGCAAAUGACAACAAUUUCCGAUCGUACGAACAGAAUAAAAAAUGCUUUCUACAGACUUGCACUACGUCAAUCGUACGAUGAGGCCAAAAAUUAUGAGACAUUUCUAUUCAGAGGGGAAGUGAGAAGAGAAAGUGAAAUUCACGAAUUACUCUACAAUGAAAAAGAAGAAUAUAUUCUUACUAGAUUCACGGCAACAUCCGAAGAUAUCCAAAUCGCGAAAAUGUUUACCGAACUGAAUUCAAAGGGUAAUGAUGAACUGAAGAGAGUUUUGUACGAAAUUUACUUUCCCGAACCAUUUCCAAAAGUUGAUGUCAAAUAUUUGACGGGAUUACCCGAAAGGGAAGUGAUACUUCUACCGGGCAUGAAGUUUCGUGUAAAGAGUGUGAAAAAAUUAAAAGAUGAUAAUUCCAUGAAUGCGGAAUUAUUAAGAGUUAAAUUAGAGUACACGAGGACUUUCACGAAUUUCGAAUGGGAGAAAAUAAUAAUGGCCGAAAUUGGUAAACUGAAGGAAACGAAAACGGUUUUCUACGUGGAUUAGGUUUGGGGAAAAAUAAUUUUGCUUGUAAUACACUAAUUCCUGGUAUAUACAAAACCAGAAUUCAAAACUUAUCAAGAAAGUAAAAAAAAUAAUUAGGGUACAACGAAAACGGAUUCAUAAUACAAUUAACGAAUGUUAACUGAAGGGACAAUAAUAGAAAUUAGAAUAUUGGGAACAUUACGAACAUUUGAAUCAACCUUGAUGGAAAACAAUCUAUUCAGUGUAUUUCUAAUCUUAGAAACAAAAUGUAUAAAUAACAGAAUAAAAAAACAUCCAUCU